AACAUCGACAUAGAUCUUCAUGGUGCUUGGGGAACUGUUUCUUGCAAAUACCAUGCCUACAUUCUCUAAUGGAUUUACUUGCUUUGACCUAAUUAGAUUAUGAUGUGGGACAACAACAGUAGUGGCAAAUCUAAAGAAAGUGAAGUACAAAAUACUGCUUGAGAGUAUUCAUAACAGAGAGUUCCUAAGCUUUAAGAAACAAUAACAUUGCAACAUGGCUCUUCUGACACAUGUGCUGGCGUGCCUGUUUGGCAUUGGCUCAUGGGUAGCCAUCAACGGCAUGUGGGUGGAGUUGCCUUUGAUAGUCAGCGACAUCCCCGAGAGCUGGUUACUGCCCUCCUACCUCACGGUCAUCAUCCAGAUGGCCAACAUCGGGCCCCUGUUCGUCACCCUCAUGCACCGCUUCAAGCCCGGUGCCCUGGAUGAGCGGCCGGUCAUCUACAGCAUUGUGGGGCUGGGUGUUCUGGCCACCUUCCUGCUGGCGUUCCUGUGGAGGCACAGGAUGUUUGUGGGCGACGGCGAACACAGCGUGGCGCUGCUGGUGCUCAGCUUCCUGCUGUCGGUGGUGGACUGCACGUCCUCGGUCACCUUCCUGCCCUUCAUGAUGCGCCUGCCGCCCCAGUACCUGACCACGUAUUUCACGGGUGAGGGCCUGAGCGGGCUGGUGCCCGCGUUGGUGGCGCUCAUCCAGGGCGUGGGGAUAGUGCAAUGCCACAACGCCACCCAGGGGGCGCUGCAGGGCAACGGCUCCCAGACGGGGAACACGUCAAGCUCUGGGGAGCUCAAGGCGCACUACCAGCCGGCCAACUUCUCGGCGCAGACUUUCUUCCUGUUUCUCAGCGUCAUGAUGGUGGUGUGCCUGGGCGCCUUCCUGCUGCUCAACCUCCACCCGGCCGUGGUCAGAGAGCAGCAGAGCCAGCGCUACCUCGGUGGGCCAGCGGCGGGGGUCGGCGGCGGAGAGAAGGGCGACAUGCGGCUGGGCCUCCAGAAUCCUACCCCGGAGCAGAAGCCCAUGCUGGGCCACCUGGACGAGGACCAAAAGGUGGAGCCGCGGAGCAGCUUCGGGAAGGGGACCUACAGUCAGCUCGAGGUGGCCUUCAUCUUCAUGGUGCUUGCCUGGGUGAAUGCGCUGACCAACGCCGUGCUGCCAUCGAUCCAGUCCUACUCCUGCCUGCCAUACGGGAACCAGGCCUAUCACCUUGCAGCCACCAUGGCAGCUGUGGCCAACCCAGUGGCCUGCUUCAUCGCCAUGUUUGUUCCCAUCAGGUCUCUGGUCCUGAUGGCAUUCCUCACACUGACUGGCACAGGCUUUGGGGCGUACAUCAUGGCCAUGGCUGCCCUCAGCCCCUGUCCACUGCUGGUUGACACUCCCUCAGGAACAGCACUGAUUGUCAUUACAUGGAUACUGUUUGUCCUCACUCUCUCCUAUGUGAAGGUGAUCAUUGGCAUCAUUCUGCGAGACGAGGGCCACAGCGCCCUCGUGUGGUGUGGAGCUGUAGUGCAGCUAGGCUCCAUGCUUGGUGCCAUGUCCAUGUUCCCUUUGGUCAGCGUGUAUGGACUCUUCACCUCAGGGGACCCCUGUAACACGAAGUGCCCCAAAUAAUCUUACAGAAAUGCACUGAUAAGAGUUUAUUUACGAGAUACCUGAUUAAUUCCUUUUUGGGAGGCCUUUAGGUUAGCAGUUGUAUAAAGUCUAUUUCAAGCAGGGCUGGCAACCUGCUUUAUUUUGGGUCAUUUGACAGCACAAAAGAUGUACAACUAUUCCAAAGAAUGUGAUCAUUCAGAUCAGAUGCUUAUCUUCUGAACUAUAGGCUAUCAAAAGAAACUGAAAAACUGAAAGUCAAAGUCCUUUACUCCAUUAUCAGAAGUCUCUGUCAGUUGUAUCAAUUACAAACACAAAGACUGACAAUAAGUAGGCUACCUAAGAGGACUGUCUCUCUAACCCUGGAUUUUUCAUGUCUUUACAUGAUAGUGCUUAGUAAGGUCAUUCAACAGAUCUGAAAGUGCCAGUUACACACAUUGGGUAAUUCCAGAACACUUGGUCAAAAAAGGUUAAAUGGUCGAAAUGUCAAAACCUCAUCACAGUUACUGUUACUAGCUGAGAGCUACUGUAUAGUGCCUUAAUUUAUAAGUUGUUAUUGUAAGGCUUAAAGCUAUAUCAUUUAACAGUUUACAUGACCAUGUUUUAUGAUUUUGUGUGUCUUUUUUGAUAUUUGACGUAUUUGCAUAUAUGUUGUAUGGUUUUUAAAAAAAAUAAAUAAAGUUUGU